AUGCUGGAUGAAUGCAAGGGCGAGAAGUUCUACGAGAUACUCGCCAUCUUCUCCAAUGCUGCGCUUAAGAAAGUGCUCGAGUCGCGAGAAAGCAGGGUCAGCGAUGAGGCUGUUGCCAGGAGACUGGCGAUUGCACCGACACUGUCUGCGGGCAGUCAGCAGUCUCUGCUGCCCCUAGCCAUCGCGCACAAGGCGGCGCUUGUCAACAUUCUGAGACGGAAAGAGCAGAAGAGGAGGCGAUAUUUAGAAUUUGAGGCUCUGUUGAAUAGCAAGACGGAGGACAUCAAUCGGCGCAUACGCAAGAGCAAAGACACGCCACGGGCAAAGCGACCCGCAGUGCCACAGAGAGAGGCAGAUGCUAUCAAAAAGCAGCUCAAAGACAACUGGAUUGGCAACCAGAAGUGGCUAGAUGUUAUGCUUCAAGGCGACGAUGUGCAAGCUGGCGAAGCUUGGAUGGGCAGCAGGUUUGACAAGAUCUGGCGCAUGGUAGAGCAUGGAAGGAAGUUGGAAGAUGUUACUCCUGAAGCGGGGUUGCUAGAGAACUUGCAGUCGAGGGUGCAGGAACAGAAAGACAGGUUGGCGAAGUGGAAGACGUUCCAUGAGAGGCUUCAGCAGGACAAGGCAGACCCCACGGCUACUGUUGUGAAAGCACCUGCAGUCACCAAGGAGUUCAAGUUCGAGGACCAUUUACGGUAUGCGUUACCGUCUAGCAAGCGGAGCGCAAAUGAGACGAAGCCUGUGCAGCGCCCAGCUAUGUCCUCAGAGUAUGAGGGCGGAUUUGGCUCGCGUAACUACUUCAAAGUCGAUUCGAACUGCUUCCCCGCUGGCACGAAGACGGACUUCAUCUGGUGCGCAUUCGCCAGCACGAAGCCGCAAGAACACACGAUCGGAGUCGAUACCUCCGGUGCCGAUAAGCCCAGUGCGAACUACGCGGCCGUUGCUUCAGAGCAAGAAGUCGCCAUUGACUACCCUUCUCAGCCACCGUCUCCAGAGCCGACCUUCGCACGUCCCUUCGAGCCGCCAACACCCUUCCUAGAACCACCAGAGCUCAACCCCGAAGAAGCACUAGCCGAACAAAUUGUCACAUCCAUCGGCGACGCAACCCCCUCCCCCGUCAAGAAGCCCCAACCACGCAUGUCCCUCUCCCUCCUCGAACGCACCCGCAUGUCAAUGGCCCGCACCACCUCCUUUGAACCGAUCACUGAAUCGCCUCUACCAGAACCCAGCCCGCAACUCCCCACGCUCCCCAGCGACCCCGAACCCGACCGCCACGCCACCCUCCUCGAACGCACGCGCCUCAGCAUGAUGGCCAUGGAAGCCAAGCCCCGUCAAUCCCUCGGCGGCCCGCGUGACAAAGACAAGCGCAAAAGCCGCAACUCGCUCUUCCCCGUCAACCAAUUCGACACGCCGCGCACGCGCAAGUCGUUUGAAAUCAUCGAGGAGGCGAAAUCUACGGAUCCAGAGCGCACGCCUAAGGAGGUGCUGUUCAGCGAUGAAGUCGAUUAUGAGAGAGUGUUUAAGAGUCGGCCGCGCAUUGCGACGAGUCCGGUGUUUAGUCCGGAGAGGGAGGGUGGGGUAGAUGAGGAGGGAGAUAGUGAUCCGGAUGGGGUGACGGGGAUUGAUCUGGGGGAUGUGGAUUGUGAGGGGGAUCAGGAUGAGGAUGGGUUUACGGGGAGUUGGGCGGAUAGUCCGAGUAGGGUGAGGGCGGGGAAGGUUAGGUAUUGA